AUUUAAGAAAGCCAAUAUCAGCAAUAUGUUUAGAUACACAAAAAGCACAUCCGUGUCAAGUAUGACUGCACAACCCUUACAGCUGUUUAUUGGCUUGGUAAUAAUUAGCACCGCCUUGGCCAAUGCCGUAACACCCGAAAUACCCACAGUUAGUGACAAUGAAAAUGAAUUGGGCGACCUAAUGCCAAUGGAUGGUGGUUUCGAUGAAAAGCGAAGCAAUUGGCGAUCUCUACAAGGCACCUGGGGAAAACGAGCCUCAGCCACAGAUAAUGACUUGAAUGAUAACGACAAUGAACAUAUACUACCCGUACUUAUUGCUGGCGUAGAACCAAGAUCCAAACUACAAUUGGCAUAUCUGACCAAUGCAGCUACCUUGGAACAUUUGGCAAAUGCCCCCGAAAUAAUUGGCAAUUCCGGUGAAGCCUACGACAUGGAUGAGAAUAUCUUAAAUGAGAAACGUGCCUGGAAGAGUAUGAAUGUGGCCUGGGGUAAGAGACGUAAUGGCCCCACAUGGAACAAAUUCAGAGGUGCUUGGGGCAAACGUGAACCCAACUGGAACAACUUGAAGGGUAUGUGGGGCAAACGUGCCAACUGGCAAAAACUCCAUGGCGGUUGGGGCAAGCGUUCCUCACAGCAAUACUCUGAUGUGAAUUAA